AUGGAUACGACAAGCUUGCUAAUCUACCGGGCCAACCAGGUGCUCCACAAUUUGUCGCAGUAUCUCAUAGGCCACCGGCUCGACGCCGCACGUGACUUUGUGCUCAUCACCGGCGGAUGCUCCGGCUUGGGCCGCGAGUUGGUGGCCCGCUUGCGCCUCGAAAACAUCCGCGUGGCCGUGUUGGAUAUCCAGGAUAUCCCCGUGUACGAGCGCUGCGAGGGCGUGUACUACUUCAAGUGUGACAUCAGCAGGGUCGAGGACUUGAGGCGCUGCCGCAAGGUGAUCAAGCUGGACCUCGGGCCGCCAACCGUGCUCAUCAACAACGCGGCCAUAGCCUUUGGCAAGAACAUUCUCGAGCUGACGUUCGACGAGGUGGACCGCGUGAUCCGCGUCAACCUCAUGCUGCACUUCUACACCACCAAGGUGUUUUUGCCGGACAUGAUCGCCAACGGGCGCGGCUACAUCGUCACCGUGGCGUCCGUGUUGGGGCUCAUUUCGCCCGCGCAGUUCGCCGCGUACGGCGCGUCCAAGGCCGGCUUGUUUGCGUUCCACGAGUCGCUCACCUACGAGUUGGGCCCGCCGCUGAAGUCGCAGUACGGCGUCAAGACGCUCCUCCUCUGCCCGGGCCACUUGAAGACCAGCAUGUUCCUGAGCAUCCUGACGCCGCUGGCGUACUUGGCGCCGGAGUUGGACCCGGCCAUGGUGGCCGCGCACCUCGUGGAGGCGUUGUACUUGGGCCGGCGCGGCGAGAUCAAGAUCCCCAUCUACGCGCGGUUCAUCCCGGUGCUCCGCGCCUUCCCGUGGUCCUUUUCCGAGGCUGCCCGCACCACGUUCCGCUUGGACAAGAGUGCGCAGCUGUUCCGCAACGGCAUCUACACCAACACGGCCGGCAUCGAGUCGUCCGCGGCCGUGUCGAAGUCGGACGCCACCUCCAACACACCUCUGCCGUUAUAG